AUGUGUUUUACUCGAUUCCGCGUCGCCUCGCUUCCGCUCAAAUCAGCUCUUUCCCGCCGGCCCCGUCCGCUCCUUCCCCGCCUCGAUCUGGCCUCUUCCCCCGUCAUCUCCAUUCUCUUCUUCCUCAUCCUUGUCCUCUCCUCCCUCCCGCUUUCACCUGCUCGCUCCCUCCGCCCGCUUCUCGUUCCCCGCCUCGAUGAUCCCUAUUCCACGCACGGGGCAGUUCCGAUCUUUUCCGGGCCUGCCCCGCCCGCGUUCCUGCGUUUUUUCAACGAGCUGCCCGUGCUCAAGGGCGAAUCUCGAAAGGCGAGUUACCCGGUUACCACUGGCGGAAAGGGCGGAAAGGGCGCGAAGAAGGGGAAGAAACUGGAGAAAAAGGGCUUGAAAAAGGGAGAAGCGGAAGCCGUAGGGGCGGUUUUGGAGGCGGCAAGGGCGGCAGGACCAGCAGUAAGCGCAGCAACAGAGGCAGCAGCGAGUGCAGCAAAUGCAACAGCUGCGGCAGUGGAGGCGAAAGUAGGGGCACUGGGCGAAACAUUCUCAUCCGCCAUUGCGCCAUCCCUCGCCAUACCGCCACCUCCAGCCAUAGUACUGCCCUGUGCGCCACCCCUUCCCCCGCUCCCGCCCUUUGCUGCCCGUUUCUUCGCCCCAGCCCCACCCCCCCCGCCUUGCACUCCCUUUCCCCCUCUUCCUUCAUCCCUCCCUCCUCCCCCUCCUCGCUCUUUGACCCUCCCCCCAGUACCUUCCGCCCUACCCCCACUACCUUCCGCCCUCCCCCCACUACCUUCCGCCCUGCCCCCACUACCUUCCGCCCUCCCCCCACUUCCUCCCGCCCUGGCCCCACUACCUUCCGCCCUCCCCCCACUACCUUCCGCCCUCCCUCCACUACCUUCCGCCCUCCCCCCACUACCAUCCGCCCUCCCCCCGCUACCUUCCGCCGCCCCCCUUCCUUCCCUUCCCGCCCCUGUCCCUCCUCUGCCUGCUGCUUCGCCUCCUUCUUCGCCUCCCUUUCCCAGCCUCCCCUCUCCGGCGCUCCCCCCCAAACCCCCUGCUGCAUCUGCUCCCAGACCUGCUCCUGUUCCUCCCGAACCUCCCACCACAGCUGCUCCCAGACCUGCUCCCAUUCCUCCCGAACCUCCCACCGCAGCUGCUCCCAGUCCUGCUCCUGUUCCUCCCGAACCUCCCACCACAGCUGCUCCCAGACCUGCUCUGAUUCCUCUCGAACCUCCACCACAGCUGCUCCCAGACCUGCUCCUGUUCCUCCCGAACCUCCCACCGCAGCUGCUCCUAGACCUGCUCCUGUUCCUCCCAAACCUCCCACCACAGCUGCUCCCAGACCUGCUCCUGUUCCUCCCAAACCUCCCACCACAGCUGCUCCCAGACCUGCUCCUGUUCCUCCCGAACCUCCCACCCCAGCUGCUCCCAGACCUGCUCCUGUUCCUCCCGAACCUCCCACCCCAGCUGCUCCUAGACCUGCUCCUGUUCCUCCCGAACCUCACACCGCAGCUGCUCCCAGACCUGCUCCUGUUCCUCCCAAACCUCCCACCGCAGCUCCUCCCAGACCUCCGCCGAUUCCCCCCGGACCUCCAGCCACAUCCGGUCCCAGACCUGCUCCGAUCCCGCCCAAACCUCCUGCUGCCGGUGCUCCCACAGCUGCUCCAAUUUCUCCCGAACCUCCUGCCACAGCUGCUCCCGGAGCUGCUUCAGUCCCACCCAGAUCUCCUGCUACCGUUGCUCACAAACCUGCUCCAAUACCUCCCGGACCUCCUACCGCAUCUGCUCCCAGACCUGCUCCAAUUCCUCCCGGACCUCGUGCCACAGCUGCCCCGAAACCUGCUCCGAUUCCACCCAAACCUCCUGCUGUUGUUUCUCCCAGACCUGCUCCAAAUCCUCCCAAACCCCCUGCCACAAUUGCUCCCAGACCUGCUCCAGUCCCACCCAAACCUCCUCCUGUCGUUGCUCCCUAGCCUUCCAUCCUCCCUUGCCCCCACCGCCCCUCCUCCUUUCCUCUCUAACUUCCUCAUUCCCACCCUUCACCCCACCCAUCUUCCCCAACCUUGA